AUGACAUCUUGGCUCGUUCCCCCAUCAUCACCAACAGGCAAUAGUCGUCGAAUUGAGCUUGCUGGCAUUGAUCUGUGGAUCUUCGCACGCACCGACAAAGUAUUCGUCUAUCCAUCCGAGUUAGAUAUUGAUCGACUCAAAGAUGCACUGAGUCGUACUCUCUCCGUGUGGCCUCUUGUUGCCGGUCGGUUCCUCUUGCUCGAUGGUGGCCACUACUCCAUCGAAAUGUCGGAUAAUCCAAUUCCGAUUACCUACGCUGAAAAUACUGACCUAGCUACUUGGCCUGCUAACUUGAACAUUGUUGCAGAACUGCAUCAUAAUCCACUUGUACCAUUUAUCGACGAAGUACAAAUUAUAACACUACUUCAUGGUUCUCAGGACGAGCCUCUCUUUCGUUUGAAACUGACUCGUCUUGUGCAAAGUGGCGAAUGA